AUGUCGACAUUUUCAAAAUUACAAGAGGAAAUCUGUUUGAAAUUCUUCAUGACACCAUCUUAUAACAUGACAAAUGAGAAGAUAUUGUAUAUAAGUAAUCCAGAUAAGCUUAAAACCUGCUCAUCCCCAGAAUAUGACUUUUCUAAAGAUGUUGUGUACUUGCCGAUCGGAUAUAAAUGUAUAAAUCAAAAAGAUAUUGCCAGAUUGGUUAUUGAUAUGAUACGGGCCAGUAUUGAGAAUUCUGUAUUGCCAGUGAAUAGCUACGACCUUAUCAGACGAACGAACGAAUUUGAGGAAUCAAACAGAAAAUCUCUUAUGUCGACAAUAGAUCGCAAUUAUAUAAACACACAUUACUAUGAAGAAUGUGGUGAAUCAAAAACGCCUAAAAGACGAAGCGGUGUUACAUCUAAAUUGACAGAAGAGAAUCUGAAUUAUUAUAAGGGCAAAGUAUGGCCGCUGGGUAUCGUUAUGUAUGGAAUAGAAGAGGAUUUACGUGGCACAGUUGAUCACAACGUUCUAUCAUUCUCUAUGGCUUCCAUAGAGUUGUCAACGUGUGUCGUAUUCCAAGAAAUAAGUCACGAUGAUGAUCUGUCACCUAAAAACUUUGUAUGGUUCGGCAAACGUGGGCAAGAUAUUCCAUUGUUUGGAUUUGGAGAGGGAAACCUGACACUAAAAUUAUCUUCUAUUGUGAACGGUGUACCGGGUCACAAGGGGCAUACUAUUAACAAUUUGAUGAGGAUUCUUGCUGUACAUAUGACCUCAAAUCGUUAUGAUCGAGAUAACUAUGUUACUAUUAAUUGGAAUAAAGUAGAAAUGGGUAAAGAGCAUUAUCUUGAGAAAGCCCCCGAAGGGUCCUGGUUGGCACAUAUACCUUACGACUUUGAUAGUGUUACCCACGCACCAGCGAAUUAUAUGUGUAAUACAUGUGAAUUAGGUGCUACGACUGUGCAGCCGAUACAGGACCAUCUGUGGCAACGUACAAUGUCUAUGGGUCAUAAAACAGUACUAACGGAUGCAGACAUAGAAACAGUCAAUAUUAUAUAUAGCGAGGAAUGUCGUGGCCGAUUUGGAAAGCAUGAUAUUUCUAUAUAG